GAGCAGGCGCCGAAAUAGUGCGGUCUGUCGUCGCGCAGUCCCCGCCUCCGCCGCCCCCGCGCGCCUGGGGUGGCUCGACCACCAGUCCGCGGUCGGCUGCAGCCACAGGUAGGCCACCACCCGCAGCAACCACCUGUGACACCGACGCCGAGAUGGACAUCGAGGAGUUCAGGAAGAACGGAAAGGACAUGAUCGACUACAUCUGCGAGUACCUCGCAGGUCUGGGCGAGCGAAGGGUGACGCCAGCCAUCGAGCCAGGCUACCUGCGGCCGCUGCUGCCGUCGACGGCGCCGCUCAAGCCCGAGUCGUGGUCGGACAUCAUGGCCGACGUCGAGGAGAAGAUCAUGCCCGGUGUGACCCACUGGCAGCAUCCGCGCUUCCACGCCUACUUUCCCUCAGGAAACUCGUUCCCUUCGAUCCUCGGGGACAUGCUGAGCGACGCCAUCGGAUGCAUCGGCUUCUCGUGGGCCGCCAGCCCCGCCUGCACCGAGCUCGAGACCAUCGUGCUCGACUGGCUGGGACAGGCCAUCGGGCUGCCAAAGGAGUUCCUCGCCUUCUCCGAGGGCAGCAAGGGCGGCGGUGUCAUUCAGGGUUCAGCAAGUGAGUGUGUGCUGGUGUGUAUGCUGAGCGCGAGGGCGCAGGCCAUCAAGAAAUUAAAAAAGCAGCACCCUUUCGUCGAGGAGGGUGUGCUGCUGUCCAAGCUGAUGGCCUAUUGCUCCAAAGAGGCACACUCGUGCGUAGAAAAGGCCGCUAUGAUUUGCUUCGUAAAGCUUCGCAUCCUCGAGCCGGACAACAACUGCAGCCUCAGGGGCGCCACCCUGAGACAGGCGAUGGAGGAAGACGUGGCAAUGGGCCAGAUUCCGUUCUUCGUGUCGACGACCCUGGGCACGACCUCUUGCUGCUCGUUCGACAACCUGGUCGAGAUCGGACCCGUGUGCAGCGACCUGGACGUGUGGAUGCACGUGGACAGCGCGUACGCGGGCAACGCGUUCAUCUGCGAGGAGUUCAAGCCGCUGAUGCGCGGCAUCGAGCACGCGUCGUCGUUCAACACCAACCCCAACAAGUGGCUACUGACCAACUUCGACUGCUCCACCAUGUGGGUACGCGACAGGUUCAAGCUGACGCAGGCGCUGGUGGUGGACCCGCUGUACCUGCAGCACAACUACAGCGCCCAGAGCAUCGACUACCGCCACUGGGGCGUGCCCCUCAGCCGCCGCUUCAGGGCGCUCAAGCUGUGGUUCGUGCUGCGCUCCUACGGCAUCGACGGCCUCCAGAGGUACAUCAGGAACCACUGCAGGCUCGCCAAGCGCUUCCAGUGCCACGUCUUGAAGGACAGCCGCUUUGAGAUCAACAACGAAGUUAAGCUGGGGCUGGUGUGUUUUCGGCUGAAAGGAUCGGACGCGCUGAAUCAGAAGCUGCUGAGCGAAAUCAACGCGUCGGGCAAACUUCACAUGGUGCCCGCGUCCGUCAACGACAAGUUCGUCAUCAGGUUCUGCGUGACGGCUCAGCACGCCGCUGAGCAGGACAUCGAGUUCGCCUGGUCAGUGAUUUUAACAAUCGCCGACUCUCUUGUUGCAAAAUUGCCUGGAACCAUAAAAAUCAAAGAUGAAAAGCAAGCGUCGCGCGAGGAAGCGCUGGCCUUGGAGCGGCGUCAACGCGAGGAGCUGGCUUAUAAGCGGUCCUUCUUCGUGCGAAUGGUCAGCGAUCCAAAAAUCUACAACCCCAAGAUGAGUAUCGCGCGCAGACACGUCAGCGCGAGCGACAAUGUACGCGAGGAGGCCAGCGUCGAGGAGGAGGAGGACAGCGAGGCUGAGUCCAACGCGCAAACCCUCCAGAGGCCAAUCGCCUCGUGGAUAAGCUGGCCGCUGGCUUUUCUCUUCCAGGGCACAUUUGACGAGGCGAAAGGCUCACCUCAACUGCCCGUUAGAUUCCGCCACCUGGACACAAUGGUGCGGCUCAAGUCGAACGGUGAGAGCGCCACCGAGAGCGACGCGAGGCAGCCAAACCAAAAGUCACCGCGGAAGUCACCUCUGGGGGCGCGCAGGACUCGCGACCAGCUCUAAAAGGUCGUUUUCCUGCCUGUUUUCCUCGUAAGCUGCAGGGUUUUCUCCUUUGUUUGCGUCAAAAGAAAAUCAUCAGAGGUAAAACAUAAACGCGAUAAUCGGUGUAUGCAGUCGAGGAAAGAUGUGCAUUAAAAUAAAUAAAGAGCGGCCGAUGUGCCGAUUAUUAGAGAGAGUGAACCGCGCCUCUCCCUUCCACUGCGUCUGGUCCACCUGGCCGUGGCGGAUAAACGUUAAAUAGCCGGGUUUCCCCGCAGCAUCCGCGCGGCACCGAGAGGACCGCCCGUGGCCAAUCUGCCGCUGCUCUCUUUUUUGCAAACAUUUGUGACGCUGCACUUAUUAUACUGCAAGCUGCA